AUGCCACUGAGUGAGCAGUCAGCGCCUUAUAGCGCGCCCCUGUGCCCGCCCUUCACGGGCCGCCUAGGGACACCGGGACCGCGCCUGCCAAUUUUCUUCAUUCAAGACAGCCCCUUUGGGGAUGGUAUCCUGGGUCAGAGCCACUACUAGCCAUCCCAAAGCCAAAACUGGUACCCCAAGGCCUUGAAGCCAUCCUGGUCCCAGAGAUCCAGACCCCCAGCACUUCCCAAGGCUCUAGCCACAGUUCCCACCCCUGAGCUGUUUGUGGAGUCCUGGCCAUCCAGCUCAGGGACCCCUUCCCCACUCAACACCACAGAGGGACAGAUGGGAGUUUCUCCACCACCGGCCCCAAUAGACAGCCGGGACUCCGUGGUGGCAAAGUACAUAAACCGGUUCCGUCAGGCUCAGCCCACAAGCCGAGAGGAGCGCCAACCUGCAGGCCUAACCUCAGCUGACUUUUGGUGGCUGAGGACUGAGUCUCCAGAUCACAUCAGUCAGCUUGCAGCAGCAGGGGCCAGUAAACAAGAAAGAAGACCUAGCACCGCCAAGGUAGCCAGCACAUCCCAGGCUGUGGACCUCCUUCAGGAGAGAAACCAGAGCCUCAACACAUGGGACUCACCCCUGCUGGACUUGGAGACCCUGAGCCUACAGAGCCGAGCUGAUAGGCUGCUCAAACGCAGCAAGGCCUCCAUCUCCUCCUCCCUCAGCCCCAGUGACAGAAGCAGUUCCUCAUUCCCCACCACCUCUGAUGGCCUCUCACCCUUCUCUGUGACCUUCACCCCUGACACCAGCAAGGACUCUGGCCCCAGAGCACCGGCAACCCUGGCAUCAGCCCCCACCCCAGCUCUGGCUCCAGUUUCCUCAAGGGCACCCCUGCGACCAGAGGAUGAUAUUCUGUACCAGUGGCGACAGCGGAGGAAACUUGAGCAGGCUCAAGGGGGCAAGGGUGAUGGACCCUGGGUGCAGCCCAGGACCCCUGCCUUCACCACUCCGCCUGGCCCCUGGGUAUCUCUUGCAGCGGUUCCUCCUGCGCCACCGUCCUCCACCUCUGCAACCCCUGCAGUCACCUCCGCACCCCCUGUAAUCCCCCAAUACCAGCCUAUCGCCGCUCCUGGAAGCCCCGCCCAGACUGAGAGGCAGGACCCCAAGCCUCAGAAGGGCAGAAUCCCAUGCCAGAAACUUGCUAAACAAGUCUCAAAAGCUAGCCAAGAACCUGGCCCGCAGCUCAGAGGUGCUCUGGACCAGGUAGUGAAGGCUCGGCUGUUCCCAGACAGCUUGGAGGACACGCCCCCUCGCCUGGAGGGCCCGCCUCCACCCGAGGCUGAAUUUGUGAAGGUCAAGGCCACACCCCCUCAAGCGAAGGUUGCAUCCACUCGCUCUGAGGCCAUACCCCCGCUGUCUCAAGUACAGUUUCCACCGGCCGAGACUCUGCCUAGUGGGUCUAAGACCCGCAGAGCCAGGCCCCGCCCAGCGGAGGCGGAGCCUUGGAAAGGUGAAGCCACGCCCCCGGCUCCUGCCGGGUAUCCGCCUCCCAAGGCCCGGCCUCCUCUGCUCCAGGUGGAGUCUCUCCAGGCUGUGCCCGCGGCACCGCCUUCCGCUGACAACCACCCCUCGGAGGAGCUGCUGUCCCAGGCCGCGCGGCUCUUGGAGGCCGCUGAAGACUCCGACGGCAGCGAGUUCCAGGAUGAUCCCGUGCUGCAGGUGCUAAGGGCUCAGAGGGAGGAACUGCGGCGGCAAAAAAGGAAAGUGGAUGCCCGGUUAUCCUGCUUACUGGGCCACGUGGAGGCCCCGGGGUCUUGUUGCCCUUCAGCCAGGUUGCCUCCCACGUCCCCUAGGCAGCAGCUGCAAAGGAAAGGAUUCUCCCUCAAGGCUAGACGACUUUGA